AAGAAUUAUAGAAUUAGCGUAUUUUGUUCUAUAAAUACUGGAGGUAUAUUUUACCUAUCGGAGAUAUAUAACUACGAUUGCCACAAGAAAAGGAUUUAUUUCCGGCAGAAAAGAUGAAUAUCACCGACCUUGGAAAUGGUUCUUCGAUGCAAAUGUUCAACUGCGGUCCUCCCCCAGUAGUUCCGUACACAUUCCCUACCUAUAUGGUCAUGGCGAUUAUUAAUGGAAUCAUCGCUGGAGGCGGUAUGCUUGGCAACGCUUUGGUUGUUUUCGUUCUUCUGGUUGCUACGGACAGACAGGAUACGUCAUCAGUGACAUACGUAUUGAACUUAGCCAUCGCAGAUUUCUGUUUUCUAGCAACAGUUCCUUUUGUCAUCGACCAGAAAAUUCACAUCGCAUGGAGGUCAGGAGAGUUCAUGUGCAAGUUUGCUGUCGGAUUCAUGACAUAUUUGAAUUUUUUUGUCAGUCCUCUUUUCUUAAUGGUGAUGAGCAUCGAUCGAUAUCUUGCCGUUAACAAAGCAGUGUCUUCGACAAAACUUCGAAAUUUGAAAUCCUCACGCCUUGUGAGCGUAGUGGUUUGGUUGGUUGCAUUGGCGGCUGUGAUUCCUCUCGCCUAUUUACAUUCAACUGAUGGAGGACUCAUCAAGAAAUGCAAACCAAGAUUUCCUGGACAGAAAAUCGAAGUCAACAACAUCUUUCUUCAGCAAAAUCUCCAUCAAGAAUGCAUACACAAUUAUACAAUGAAGAAAGCUUUGAAAUUUACAGAAAUAGGAAUCUCGGACACGACAACAAUCGUACAGAGCGUUCCAAUACGUCGAGUGAAACGAGAAAUUGACUCAACAGCGCCACCCAAAACACGAUCAAAAAAACAAAAGAAUAAAAACGGAAAACGCGAAAAUAAAAGAAAUCGAAACAAAAAGAGAAAUCGGAGAAACAGAUUCAGAAGACAUAAGUUAGAUUUCCGGGAGUCUACAACCGCUCAAAACGUUGCUACUACUAUUAUUAAUACAAAAAAGUUUUUGCUGCCUGAUCUUCGAGAGCCGAUGGACUUGAAUUUUGUAGAAUUUGGAGAAACCCCUCUAGCGGAUUUUGAUGAGGGAACUGUUCCAUCGCCAGAGAGCAUCAAAGAACCAUUUAUAUUCCGUGAGAAUGCAAUCUGGGCGGCAACACAGCUUCACACAACGCCAGAAUUCAUCGCACCGUCAUCAACACCACCAACAUGGAAUCCUUUCGAAGUCAAUAUUUUCUGCGCCCCUCCUGAAUUACGACAAGAAGCGUUCGAAGCUUGUCUGAGUCUUUUCCCAAAUGAUACAGCUCGAAUCAACACCUGUUAUCAUGACGAACCCUAUUCAUUUCAAGUGUGGACUGUUCUCAAUUUCUUCUACAGCUAUCUGAUACCAUGCAGUGUUAUCGUUGUCUGCUACAUGGCAAUACUUCGGAAACUGUAUCAGCCUACUGGGAUGAUCAGAAGCCAGGAGUCCAGAGGAAGAAUAAGACGCCACGCCAUGAGAAAGAAAGUAACUUUGAUGGUAGCAAUGCUGGUAUUAAGUUACAUCGUCUGCUUCACACCGUAUUAUAUCUUCGAGUUAAUAAAAGUGCCUGGAGUUCCGGUCGCCCAUAUGUCGACUUGCAACCACAUUUCAAAGAUGAACACAACUCUUGCAUACGUGAACAGUGCGUUGAAUCCUAUUCUAUACACUUUCCUAAGCGAUCAGUUUGGAUCGAAACUAAGGUUGGCUUGGAGACGAGUGACAAGGAAGACAGCUUAUCAUUUUGGAUCCGUAAUGAAGGCGGGAGAAAGACGUCACAUAUUUGUAUCCGGCCAUAGGAAAAGUUCUUCUUCAAAGCGUAAACCACCCAAGUUAUCGCCUCGUGAAGCGACUCUUGCACGUAAUGAUGGAAAUAAUUGUAAUGGAUCUAACAGAGUAGUAGAAGACCAAAGACAUUUGAUGGAAAUUCCAAAGAACGAAAAUAAUAACGAAGGAACCGGGACAAAUGAAGUCGGGUAUCUCGGAAAUAAAGCCACAGACGACUAUGCGACGUCUAAACGAAAAGAACAGGCGACACCGGCAACAGAUGUUCUAGACGACGAACCAGGAGUAAUGUACCAAAGAGAAAAACACGAAACAGAACAUCAGAAAGCAAAAAGAAAAGGAAGUUUAUUUUCUUGUGUGGCGGACUGUACUGAAAGCGAAGACGAAGAUUGUCCGCACUGUGCUAUUGAAAUGGGACAAAUCGUCCCACAAAUUACAGUUCACGAAGAGCAAAAUGACGUAACCGAUGACGUCAAUAAAAAUAAUGAUGACGUCAAAAACUCAGAAUCGGGUUGUAUUGCGUCAACAGACUUGCAAGAAGUUCCCGACAAAAAGGGUCGAAAAAUUUCGACAAUUUCAACGUUAUCAAAUCUAGAUACUGGUUAUUUUAGCGCGAACGCUAAACUUUGUCGGAAGCAUAAGAGAUCAGUCCGUUCAAAGUCGAAAGAGUUGGACAAUGACGAUUCGGGCAAGUGGGUGACGGCGUCAAGUUUCAGAUCGGAGUCAAGAUAUCCGACAGAAUUAACCGAGACUUCGCCGAUGUAGACAUUUUAUUCUGCUCUCUUUUUCUUUCGUUGAAUAAAUUUUCGUCAUAUUUCGGAUUAUAUUGUUGUUCGGUUAUAACAUUGUUGAAUAUAUUUCUCCAAAGAAUAUAUGAAGGUGUCGGUUUUCCUGUUUUUGCUUCCCAAAAC